GCUGUCGAUAUCGUAUCCGAAGUUCCAAACAGAAAAUAAAGAUAAAAUUGUUGAGUCGUCUUUGUAUAUAUCUCACCAUGAUGAAAGGACGUAAUAAGAAUGCUGGACAUCGUCUUAAAGACUGCCAUUUCAGCAAAGAGGAGCAGGAGUCCCUUGUUAAAAUGUUCAAAGAGCUCACCAAAGAUAACACUGGCUCUAUCAGAGAAGACAAACUAGAUAGAUCACAGUUCAGGGAAGUGCUUCAUUCAAUUUUCAAGAUGACAGAUGAUGUCAUAAUGGACAGAGUCCUGAGAGCAUUCGUUAAGGACCACGAGGCCUGCAUUAACCUGUACGAAUGGUUGACAGGUCUAUCUGUCUUUCUGAAAGGCAGUCUUGAAGAGAAAAUUCAAUUUUGCUUCAAGGUGUAUGAUCUGAACAGUGAUGGCUUCAUUUCAAGAGAGGAAAUGUUUCAUCUUCUGAAGACAUCAAUGGUGAAGCAACCCACCGAGGAAGACCCAGAGGAAGGUAUCAAGGACUUGGUAGAGAUCAUCAUCAAGAAAAUGGAUCUUGACCAUGAUGGAAAGCUGUCCUUCAAGGAUUUCUCUGACUCUGUCAAUGUUGAGCCGCUACUGUUAGAGUGUUUCGGGACAUGCUUACCGGAGCAGAAGACUUGUAACCAUUUCUUGGGGGAAUGCAAGAGACGGAUGAUGGAGGAUCUUCUAUUCCCAGAGUAAUUGACUCGUUCAUGGUAAUGUUUGCGGUACCAACACCCUAGCCGGAUCCAUCCAAUCCAAGAUCAUCAUAUUCAUCCCUUAAUAAAAUAGUUCCAUACAUGGGCACUAUCUUAAAGAAAUAUAUUUGUUAUAUGUACUGAGUGUGGGUUGAAAGAAAGGAUAAGUGCACUUCUAAUCAUAUACAUUUCAUGAGAAAUAAUAUUUAUUUAUUGGACAUGUGGAGAGCAGUUUUGUAACUCACAUUGCUACCCAGUAAAAAUAAAACUAGAAAUAAAUAAAUAAAUAAUUGAAUAAGUAAAUAUAAAAGCACUAAUUGUAAACAUUAGAACCGUGGUAUUCAUUAAGGAUACCAAUGGAUGUUAUAAUGGUCAGAAAAAUAUAAUUUUUAAUAUAUGAUGUGAAUUUUUCUUAGAGCUACAAGUAUUUUGGUAAUUUUUCCAAUAACCUACCACAAUUACCCAAAAUACUAUCCAACAAGAUGGUCCAAUUUUCAUGGAAUUUUUACAUUCCUGAUCACCUCAAGUAUAUAUAUAUAUAUAUAUUUAUAUAUACAUAUAAGCUGUCUGAUAUUUCUUUUGGAGGUACUUGUUGUUCACAAAGUCUUAAUGUAAGGUUCAUUUACACUACAUUAAACUUUGGAGAUUAGCCUUUA